AAAGUGGUUGUGUUUGGGGGCUCUUAUGCCGGAUCAUUGGCCGCCUGGUUCAGGGAGAAGUACCCCAACAUAGCUGUCGGUGCCAUAGCGUCCAGCGCUCCCGUGUUGGCUGAAGUGGACUUUAAGGAGUAUAUGAGUGUUGUUAACGACUCAUUGGGAACGGAGGAAGCCUCGCAAGCAUUGGACGAAUUGCUGACAACACCGGAAGGGGUGAAAAAAGUGCGACAAAUGUUCAAUCUUUGCGAUACCUUUGACGGCACCGACACUCUAGACGUCGCCUAUUUUAUAUACCAUUUGUCGGAAUCGAUAGGAAUUGCCGUUCAAUACAAUACGGGCAUCGAUGGUAUUUGUGGGAUAAUGAAUAACCCGAGUGGUGGUACUCCGUUGCAAAGGUAUGCUAAAGUGCACGGUUAUCCAGGUACUAAACGUGAUGAUUGCUAUGAUUACAAAUACACUGACCUGGUUAAGUCAUUGAAUCAUACGUUUAAGGGAGACUUUGGAACGAGACAAUGGACUUAUCAGACGUGCACUGAAUUUGGAUACUUUAUGUCAACCAAUGUGAAGGACUGUCUGUUUGGCCACAACGUGCCCGUCCACUACUACACCCAACAGUGUAUUGAUGUGUUUGGGCCCCAAAUCACAGCCCAAACCAUACAGAAAGCGGUGGACACCACUAACGCCUACUACGGGGGCCGUCAGCCC